GACGUCUUAAUAUCUUAUCCUCGCGCACCUUCAUCUCUCCGAUCAUGUCACCAACAACACUUCACUAUUUUUCUUCUUUCUUCCUUCUUUUCAUAAUUCUCUCGCACCACUCCAACGCUGACGUUGGCACCUCUUCCCGUUACUCCCCUCCAUAUUUACCCUCGGGGUGUUACGGCAACGAAGCCACGCAGUUUCCGUCGAGUAAUCUUUUUGCGGCGGCCGGAGAUGGAAUCUGGGACAAUGGAGCGGCGUGUGGGAGGCAGUACCUUGUGAGAUGUAUAAGUGCAGAGGAACCUAUGACUUGCAUUCCCGACCAGAGUGUUCAGAUUAAGAUUGUUGAUUACGCCGCAUCUGCGGUGUCGCCGCCCUCCACCGCCGGCACAACCAUGGUUCUCUCCGAUAAGGCUUUCGGGAGUAUCGCCAAUUCAUCUGCCGCCUUGAUCAAUAUAGAGUUCCAACAGGUAUAACAUGUAUAUGCAAAUAAUUGGUGGUACGUGCUUGAUCGGGGGACUAAAGUUGCAUCAGGAAGUUUGCCUUCAAUAUGAUCGGUGAAUGAUUUGAUUUUGUGUUUGGAGUUGGGAUUCAAUUGUUGUUACGACAUUAUCAUUUUGGGAAAUCGUGUUACCAUAUUUGGGUAAUUUUGUGGUAGGCUCCAGUUUUUGGGUUUUUUUCUGUAAUUGAAUGAAGAGAGUGUUCUAGGAAAUUUCGUUGACGCAGACUCGGUUUGAAUGAUUCCAUGAGUGGGAGGCAUUUAUGUUGUGCAGUUUCAGAGUGAUUGUAAUUAUUGGUUAGUCAAAGAAAUAGCAUUUUUCCUCCGCUUU